UAGACAAGUGAAAUUAAGACGUAGAAAAAAGAACCGAAAUGAAAACAUGGCGUUAGCCGUUAGGGCUUUGUGGAGAGUGAGAAAGAGUUGCAGAGGAAACCCUCAGUUCUUCUUCAAUCCACACCCUUCCUCUUUCUGCAAACAUGCACAAUCAAAUUCCUAUUCAAUUUCAAAUUCAAAUUUAAAUUCCCUUCUUCACAAAUUGCUUCACGUCCCAAAUUCACACAUCAAAACGACGCUGGAUCAGGAAAUGGCUUCCAUUCAAAGCUCUCAACCUUGUUGGGACUUCCUUGUUACCUCUCUCUCCCCUUCUUCUUCCCACAAAGCUCGAUUGGUUUUGGAAUGGAUUUUGGAGAAGAUGCUGAAAGAAAAUGAGAAAGACCAUGAUCUCUUCUCUGAACUCAUCUUUCUAUGUGAAAAGGUGAAGGAUGUGAUGCUAGGAAUGCGUGUGUUUAGUUCUAUGGAGGCUACUGGAGUUAAACCCACUUCCAUGGUUUUCAAUUCCCUUAUAAGUGUUUGUUUGUCUUCCAAUGAUGUUGUUACAGCAGUUAGUUUAUUUGAGAUCAUGCAGAGUUCAGAGAGCUAUAAACCUGAUUUUCACACAUAUAACAUCUUCAUUUCAGCAUUUUCCAAGUCAGGGAAUGUUGAUGCCAUGUUAGCUUGGUACUCGGCGAAAAAGGCUGCUGGACUUGGUCCUGAUCUUCAAAUGUAUGAAUCCCUCGUAUCAGGCUGUGUUAAUUCUAGAAGGUUUGAGAUUGCUGACAGAAUUUUUGAAGAAAUGAUGAUUUCUGGAAUUGUACCUAGUGCAUCAAUACUGGAGAGUAUGCUUAAUGGGAUUUGCAAGCAAAAGAGAUUGGAACGAGCGGUGGAGUUUUUCAAGUUUGUGAUAGAUUCUGGAUGGGAAAUGAAUGAGAACAUGACUGAUAAGUUAGUAGCACUGUAUCAUCAACAAGGGAAAGUUGAAGAUAUGGAGGAGCUACUUGAAACAAUGACGAAGCCCUGUGUAAUUACUGCUGGUGUUAUAGCGCGAAUUCAUUGUGCAAUUGUGAGAAUGUAUGCCAUGUUAGAUAGAUUGGAUGAUGUAGAGUUUGCUGUGGGGAGAAUGCUUAAACAAGGGCUGUCAUUCACCAGCGCAGAUGAUGUUGAAAAGGUAAUCUGUUCAUACUUUAGAAGGGAAGCUUAUGAUAGGCUAGACGUAUUCUUGGAAUGUUUAAAGAGUUGCUUUGUGCUUAAGAAACCAACUUAUGAUUUGUUGAUAUCUGGCUAUAGAAGAGCACAAUUGCUUGAAAAAGUAGAUAGAGUGAUGGAAGAUAUGAAAUCAGCUGGAUUAGCAUAAUGGAAUGUGUGAUGAUGACUCAUAGCAUGUUUAGAUUCACAUCAUUUUUGGUAGUAUGUGGCUCAGUGAAACAACAAUUAGUGCUUUUGCAUCAAUUUUGAUAUGAUUCUUACUUAAAUGUUGAUUAUGGACGUGGAACCCAACAUGCACUCUUAUGAGAUCUAUUCAGCUCCAUGACAUUUACACUAAGCAGCAAUCUAGUGUUGUUAGCACUUAGCAGCCAGUGAAUAUACCAUCAAAUGAAUUUUAGAAGUUCACAAUGUCAUUUCUCUAGCAAGCUAACAAUUGAGGACGAGUUAUUUGGUCAAAUUAAGGCUUCUGUAUAAUUGAUCCAGGCCAGGCAAAUUUCACUGUCAAUGUGACUUCAAGAUCCUCUUGUAUUGUGUUUUUUCUUUUGGGGCGAUUAGAGAUUUCACAUUUCUAUGGCAAAACCGAAAUAAAUAUUGAUGGAGCAAAAUUCUACAUUGAUUAUA